AUGAGGCGCGACAUUCGGCGGGCUCCUUCCCGGAAGCGGAAGCUCGGGGGGCGGGCCAAGGGGAUCCGGGAGUCCACGGCGGUUAGUUUCUUUUAUCGUUUGGCUUUACUUCCCUCCGUCUGGGCUUUUCUGAGGCUGCGAGAGAUGGUCAGGUCCGGAUCUCGAUCGGGCCAGGUGAUAUCUUCAGUGAAACACACUGGGCCUGCUAAAUUAACAAAUGGAAAGAAAGGGACACAUUUAAGAAAGAUAUCACGUUUUAAUGCAGAUUCUGGCUAUCCUAUCCAUUCUGACUCAGAAAGUCAGACUGAAACUGUGCAAGGGCUUGAUGGUUGUGCUUCUUUGCUGCGGGACAUUUUAAGAAAUGAAGAUUCAGGUUCAGAAAUAGCAUAUUCAGAAAAUAGAUAUAAUCCCAGAUCUUUAGAAGGCAAAAGAUUUGGAUCCAAAAAGAAAGGACAUGAAAAACAUGUUCCUUCAGGAGUCCGGAAAGAAAUUUUAUCUUCAGAUAAUAAGAAAUAUGUACCUAAUGAAACUUCUGCUGGAAGUGAGAGAGACUCAUCAGAUAUACCACAGAAUUGGUCAUUUCAAGAUCAUUAUAGAAUGUAUUCACCGAUAAUCUACCAAGCCCUCUGUGAGCAUGUGCAGACCCAAAUGUCACUGAUGAAUAACUUGGCUUCAAAGAACAACCCUGAUGGAAUUCCUGCUAUACCCUACCAUACCAUGUCUGGUUCUGAGUCUCAGGCAACUCCACAUUCUAGUUAUGGCUUAUCAACCUCCACCCCAGUCCAGUUACUUCAGCCUCCAUCCUGCCCUCCUAUGGUUCAUUCUGAAGUUCAGACUGAUGGUGACAACCAGUUUGCAUCACAAGGUAAAACUGCUUCUAUGAACUGUACAAACGUUCUACAGAAUUCCUUCAGUACUGGUCUUGGAGUUCCACGCAGCCUGCCCAAAAGUGACAGGCCACCUCUUCCACCAUUCCAGCAGCUGGGUCUUGUCAGUGGGAUUCUGCCACAACACGAAGUUCCUAAGGAACCAGACCUACUAAAAUGUUUUCAAACAUAUAUGAAUCUAUUGCAUUCUCGUCAGCACAGUCAGACACACCAAAGCCCCACUCUGUUUCCACCAGCUUUCCUGUCCAGUAAUGAAGAUAGAUGUACCAAAGAACACAUUGGAGAAGUCCCAAGUGAAAGAAAGGAUUUAAACAUACACGUGCAAGAUUCAAGAAUAAAGGAUGUGCAGAAAACAAAAAAUGUGAACCAGAGUGCUGAAAAAGUCAGAACUAUAAAGUAUUUGUUGGGAGAGCUCAAGGUCCUGGUAGCAGAGCAAGAGGAUUCAGAAAUUCAGAGAUUGAUUAGAGAAUUGGAGAUGUGUAUAUCUCUGCUUCCAGCAAUAAGUGGAAACACAAAUAUUCAAGUUGAAAUAGCACUGGCUAUGCAACCACUAAGAAGUGAAAAUGCCCAGUUACGCAGGCAACUGAGAAUUUUAAACCGACAACUUAGAGAACAAGAAAAAACUCAAAAGGCACCUGGUUCUCUGGAAUGCAACCUUGAAUUGUUUUCUCUUCAGUCAUUGAACAAGUCCCUGCAAAACCAAUUACAGGAGUCACUGAAGAGCCAGGAAUUACUACAGAAUAAAAAUGAAGAACUUUUAAAAGUAAUUGAAAAUCAGAAAGAUGAAAACAAAAAAUUUGCUGGUAUAUUUAAAGAGAAAGAGCAAACUUUACUUGAAAAUAAACAGCAAUUUGACAUUGAGACAACAAGAAUAAAAAUUGAAUUGGAGGAAGCCUUAGUCAAUGUGAAAAGCUCCCGGUUUAAGUUAGAAGCUGCUGAAAAGGAAAAUCAAAUAUUGGGAAUAACAUUACGUCAGCGUGACGCUGAGGUGACCCGACUGAGAGAAUUAACAAGAACUUUACAGAGCAGUAUGGCAAAGCUUCUCUCAGAUCUUAGUAUGGACAGUGCUCGCUGCAAGUCUGGAAAUAAUCUUACCAAAUCACUUUUGAACAUUUAUGAAAAACAACCCAAGUGUGACCCAAUCCCAGCUCACACUUCCAUAAUGAGCUACCUAAAUAAGUUAGAAACAGAUCACGCUUUCAUACAUUCACAGCCACUUUCUACAGUUAACAAUGAGGAGAACAUAGAACCAGGUAGACCUUACGAAAAUGUUCUGCCCUCCAAAAGCCCUCAGCAUGGUAACACAAGGAACAAGGAGGAAGUAUCAGCCCCUGGGAACAUUCCUACCCUUUCAAAACAGGAUUCUGAUGAGAGUGAAAUCACAACUUUAAUAGACGAUGAGUGUAAUUUGGAUAAUACAAUUUACAUUCCAUUUGCUAGAAGCACUUCUAAAAAGAAAUCACCAUUAUCUAAGAGAUUAUCCCCCCAGCCACAGAUCACUGUGGCUUCACCGCAGCUGGUCAGCAACAGUGGACUUGUCUCUGAAAAAGAAAAUAAAUCGUGUGCACCCGGAGUUGGUUCCUCUUCCAAAAAGGAAGCAGAAGAUACCCCUGAGAAACUUUCCAGAACACCUGAUAUGGAAGACAAGCAGCUCCUCAAGAAAAUAAAGGAAGCCAUCUGCAAGAUACCUGCCGCCCCUCAGGAGCCACCAGAACUGGCGGCGUGUCAUGGCCCCUCUACUUGUCAGAGCGGCAGCAUUCAAGUGAAAAGUAGUGCUGUCUCCGAUGGUAGCUUUUUUAAUUCUGACUUGACGUCUGACUGGAGCAUCUCCUCUUUUUCAACGUUCACUUCUCGAGAUGAACAAGACUUCCGAAAUGGCCUUGCAGCGCUGGAUGCCAAUAUCGCUCGACUCCAGAAGUCCUUAAGGACCGGUCUUCUGGAGAAAUGA